AUGUACGCGACGGAGGUGCACACCAGCGCGGUGCGGGAGGCCCAUGUGUUCGAUGUGGAGCGCCUCACCAGCUUCAUGGCCCAGCAGAUUCCCUCCUUUGUGCCGCCUCUGCAGUCCAACCCGACGUUCCUGCUGGCGGACGGCAGCGGCACCAAGUACGUGCUGCGCAAGAAGCCGCCCGGCAAGCUCCUCUCCUCUGCCCACAUGGUGGAGCGCGAGUACAUGGUGAUGAAGGCCCUGAAGCAGGUGAACUUUCCGGUGCCCGACCUGCUGGCCUUCACGGCAGACUCGAGCGUCAUCGGCACGCCCUUCUACAUCAUGCAGUUCGUCACGGGCCGUAUCUUUACCGAUCCCUCAUUGCCCGGUUUGCCGCCUCAAGAGCGGGCCGCCCUCUUCAAGGAGUUCAUUCGCGUGAUGGCGUUUCUGCACUCGGUCGACUACAAGAAGGUGGGCCUCGGCGCCUACGGCAAGGAGGGCUCCUACUACGCACGCCAGGUCGCGACUUGGACGCGCCAGUACCGAGCCUCGGCCACGGAGGAGGUGCCGGCCAUCGAGAGCCUCAUCACCUGGCUUUCGCGUAACGUGCCCGAAGAGCUGCCUGGCGAUUGUACCAUUGUUCACGGCGACAUGAAGUUCGACAACGUGAUUUUCCACCCGACUGAGCCGCGCAUCAUUGCGGUGCUCGAUUGGGAGCUGUCCACGCUCGGCCACCCGCUGGCGGAUGUGGCCUACUCGUGCCUUCCCUACAGCGUCGACCUCCCCGGAAACUCGCUCAUCGACAAGGACAUGAGCGGCAUUCCCUCGCAGGCCGAAUACGUGAAGCAGUACUGCCAGCAUACGGGCCGCGCCUUCCCGAUUCCCAAGUGGCACUUUUACGUCGCCUUCUCCGCCUUCCGGCUCGCCGGCAUCGCCCAGGGGGUGUACAAGCGAUUCCUGCAAGGCAACGCAUCGUCCACCACCGCUGGCGUCUUCGGAGCGGUGUCGAAGAUGUGCCUCGAGGCCGCUUGGAGCCUUGUGGAAGCAGAAGAGAGCAAGCUCACCACCACGGGUGAGGCCAAUGUAAGGCAUGGCAGCCCCAAGAAGGGGGUGUCGACGAUGGAGGACAUCAUGGCCGCUCUGCCCGAGCCGCGGUGGGAGCCCGUGUCGGAGAGGAGCGUGGCCCUGCAGAAGCAGCUGUGGCGGUUCCUCGUCGACAACGUCUUCCCCAUCGAGCGCCAGGUCCACGACGAAGUCAACCAGCCGGGCAACCGAUGGAAGAUCCCUCCGGUAAUCGAGCGACUCAAGGCCAAGGCCCAGCAGGCCGGAUUGUGGAACCUGUUUUUGCCUGAUCGCUCCAACGGCGGCGCUGGACUGAGCAACUCCGAGUACGCGCCGUUGGCGGAGUUGAUGGGGUACUCGCCGCACCUGGCGCCGGAGAUCUUCAACUGUAACGCGCCGGACACGGGCAACAUGGAGCUCCUCGCGCACUUUGGCACCGAACAACAGAAGAAGCAGUGGCUCGCGCCCCUCCUCGCCGGUCAAAUCAGGUCCUGCUUCGGCAUGACCGAGCCGGCUGUGGCUUCGUCCGACGCCACCAACAUCGAAUGCCGCAUCACGCGGGAUGGUGAGCACUACGUCAUCAACGGUCGCAAGUGGUGGAUCACCGGCGCUGGCGAUCCUCGAUGCAAGUUGUGCAUUGUGAUGGGAAAGACGGAUCCCGACACCCCCAACCAAUACCGACAGCAGUCGAUGGUGCUUGUCCCGAUGGAUGCGCCGGGAGUCAAGCUGGUGCGCCCCCUGACCACAUUCGGUUACGACGAUGCACCGUCUGGUCACUGCGAGCUGCUCUUUGAGAACGUCCGAGUCCCGCUCACCAACAUUUUGGGCGGCGAAGGCAAAGGCUUCGAAAUGGCGCAGGCGCGCUUGGGUCCUGGGCGCAUUCACCACUGCAUGCGCAUGGUGGGCUUGGCCGAGCGCGUGCUGCACACGAUGCGCGUCCGGGUCCAGGAGAGAAUCGCCUUUGGGCGACCGCUGGCCGAGCACGGCAUCAUCCAGCAGAACAUCGCCUUCUCCCGCAUCGAAAUCGAGCAGGCUCGCUUGUUGACGCUCAAGGCGGCCCACAUGAUGGACACGGUGGGCAACCGGCAUGCACGGAAGGAGAUCGCCAUGAUCAAGGUGGUUGCACCCAACAUGGCGCUGAAAGUGAUCGACAGGGCGAUCCAGGCCUUUGGUGCGGCGGGGCUCAGCGAAGACUUUGGUCUGGCCGCCGCCUUUGCUGGCGCCCGCUCUCUCCGCCUGGCCGACGGGCCUGAUGAGGUACACACCCAGUGGAGCCUGGCCAUGUGA